AUAAGCGAUUGUUUGAGUCGUAUCAUAUUCUUAUAAUAUAAUAAGGUAAUAAAUAGCACAACGCAAUAAAAAACUAAUAAAUCAAAAUGCAAGCUUUAGAACCAAAUACAUGGAUAAAACAUAGAGAAGAUACGUUGCAGCAGGUUCGCAAAAUACUUGGCUUGGACAAACCCGGACGUUUGGAUGAAGCUAUAGACAUCUUACAGGAUUGGGCAAAGAAACAACCUCAUUUUAAUCAAAAAGAAUUUGACCGUAAUUAUUUAGAAAGGUGUAUUAUACGAUCAAAAGGAUCCGUGGAGAAAUCUAAACAGCAUUUGGAAAACAUGUGUAUAUUGAAAACCAUUACGCGUCAGUUUUUUGAUAAUUCCUCGAAACCUAACGAAUUGGCCACAGACAAUAUAGAAGAAGCUCUAAUGCCAAGACAAACAAGUGAUUUUUGUUCAAUUUUCCUUUUGAGGAGUCGGCAUCGUGAGGAUUACUGGGAAGACCUCGUAUAUAGAUGUUAUUGUCGAGGUGCUAAUGUAAGUUCAAGAAAGAUACGUUACUAUGUGACAUUUGUCAGCUGUUCUUAAAAUUAUAGUAACAGCAAUGUUUGUUGUAAAUACUUUAAAACACUUUCACUAUCUACUCCAUUUUUCCUUCCUGGCUUUAUGUACGACUCUUUCAACCGUGGAAUGGCCUUCCUAACU